CUACAUCCCAGACUCCCAGAGUGUUUUGUUUUGACUUUCGCUCCAGUCCACCUCAUCUCAUCUAAUUUUACCGUCGGACAGGACAGACACUCUUACUUACAUAAAACCUCGCGCCAACCGACACACGCUUCCCUCCCCUUCCACCUCCCCCUCCCCCGACACGACCCCCAGCCACUUCCACUCCCUCCCGCAACCCGCAACCGCGUCGCUCUCAUUGGAUUGGGGGAUUGGGCCACUUGGGCCAACUUGGGCGCACUGCAUCGCACCGUACUCUACUCUACUGAACCGCACUGACCUCCCCCGCGAAACCAAACAUCACCUCGCAUCGCACGCAUCGCACGCAUCGCACGCACGCAUCGCGCGCAAACACAAACACAAACAUCAUAGCGACAAACAAACGCACAAACACACGCAAUAAUGGCGGAAUUGAAUACUCCACAGAAGAUCCUGCGCGACUCCUUCAGCUUCUCGCUGAAGCCGAAGCCCACCACCACCACCGUCGCGCCCACACCCACGCCCGCCGCCAUUACUGAGGACCCCAUGGCAGCCGAGCGGCGGCGACAGGAGCGAAUCCGGAUCGGGCGCGAAUCGUUCGAGCGCAAGCGGCGACAGGGCUCACGCGGGGCGUCGAUGGAAUUUGACCGGAGCACGACGCCAUUGAGCGUGGUGGAGAAGGAGGUGUUGCCGCGGAGCACGGGGCGACAAUUUACCAAGGAGGCGAUUCGGCGCGAGAACGAAGAGGAGCGGGAGCGCAGACGGCGCGAGAAGGAGAAGGAGGACGAGGAUAGGGAGGAGGAGGAGAUGCGCAGCAGGUUCAUCGAGGGCAGCAUGCGCGAUCGCGCUAGUGUGCCGCCGCCGAGAGAGAUCAUUGGACCUGUGCUGCCGGCUAAGGAGGAGGUCGCCGGUGGCAAUGGCAGUGCCAGUGAGGAGGAGGGGAAUGUUAGCUCCUCGUCUGGCUUGUCGCUGGGCUCUGAUAGGGAGGGGAAGAAGAAGCGGUUCACGUUUGGUCUGGGAAGCCUUUUCAAGUUCAAUCCGUUCUCGAUCGUGGAGGAGGCCAAGGCGGCGUAUGCGCGACAGAAGGCGCUGCACGAUGAGCGCGAGAGGAAGAAGGAGGAGAUGAAGAAGCAGAAGAAGGAGGCCGAGCAGCUGUACUUUGAGAUGAAGGCGCGCGGGGAGUUCAAGGGGACAUUGGUCAGGCAUCCGGAUGAUGUUGGGGGGGCUACUAGCAUGGAUGACGACUUUGCGGCGAGUUUCUCGGACCAAGGCAACAUGUUCGGCGGCAGUGCGAGGAAGAGGAAGCGGGCGGAGAUUGCGAGCAUUGGAAGUGAUAUGGACGAGUACUUUCCACCGGACGAGGACGAGGACGAUGGUGAUGAAACCGAGGUUGAUGAGCCGGAAGAGGAACCGAUGAGUGUCAAGUAUGAAGACACGGCCAUUGCCCCUUCCCACGGCCAAACCGAAACGAAACCGAAGAACGCCCUCGACAUCGUCAGCCGGACGUCGAUUAAAGUUUUCGCAGGCUCAAUCUCCACCACUUCCAUUGCCUCCACCAUGACCGCCGGUAGCAAUGGCGGACCCGUGAAGCCCCUCACUAAGCGUGAGCUAAAGAAAGCGGAGCGUCUGCAGAAGAAGGUCUCCAACCUUGAGGAACAGCUGGAGAAGGUUCGCCGGGAAUUGGAAGAGACCGCUCGCGGUGCCAUCCCUCCCAUGCCCGAACUUCCCAGCCAGAUGUCUCCACCAGCGCCCCCGCACCCUACUCCUGUUUCCCGGGCGAGUCAAGACAAGAACAGCAACGGAAUGCCUCCGCCGCCGGUACCCUACACGAAGAAAGGAGCCAGAUCACAGACAAUGUUAUCUGAGACCCCAGCACAGAAGAUCGUCACCAGGCACCCGAACCAGAUGCUCCCGGACUCUCCCGAGCCCAGCCCAGCCGACAAUCGGUUCGCGCCCGGUGUCAUGAGUCCCGGAACCGUCGACGAAGACACAGAGAUGGACGAAGGCUUUUCCCAGAUUCCGCUUUCGCCAGUGCUGAACUCGUCCGUCACCGAGCCACCGCAGGAGCCGACAUCACUGGUUGUGAAUAGGCGACGCGGCACUGGACGUAGCAAGAGCCCCGGAGUGGUUGGCCGGAGCAAGAGCCCUGGAUUGACCGGACUGCGGAAGAUCAGUGGUGCUAGCGUUAGAAAGGUCAGCAACGCGAUAUCGAACGCAGUCAUGGGCGGCGGCGUCACCGGUGCGGAGACAAACAAGCCGGACCGGAAGAAGAGGCGAGGAUUGGACAACGACGAUGUGGUGCCACCCAUCCCUCCGGUCCCGCAGCAAUAGGUGUGUCGAUCGUCAUCUGGAGGAAAUGUAUACUUUAGGUUUCGAUCACAAUGAUUGCGCCCUUCUCUUUUUUCCCCUUUUUCUUUCGCUUUUUCAAUUUUGUGUUUGUUUUCAGCGUAGGAUACCCCCUGUCAACUGCGUGUGCUGUGCUUUGUGGUUUUGGAAACGGUCUGUACUAUUGAUUCUCUUUGUCUUUGGGGGCGAUCUAUGCGUGGCUUUCUCUCCGAGUUCUGAUCUGCUGGCUUCUGGUUUGCCUUGAAGGACGGAGAUUUGUACUUCUACCCUACUUCUUUGAUGUGUGCGUCUUUUUGUCUCUUUCUUUUGUUGGCUUUGAUGCUGUUGACAUGAUUAUGACCUGGCGGAAUGAAGGGGAUUGGUGUGCUAUGAUAGGAAUAAGGAAAAUUACGAUUAUGACCCCCU